GCAAAGGGGGGCCAGCACAGAGAAGGCCCCGUUCUCCAGGCCUCACGUAGAGGAGGCUCACAAAGAAGGAUGGUCAGAGGAUGAUCUCAGGGUCUAGGCAGGCGGCCCUGGAGGUGACCGCCCGGCAUUGCCGAAAAGAAGCAGAGCAGUAUGGCCAGUGUGUGGCUGCCAACCCUUCCUCCUGGCAGCAGGACUGUCACCAGCUCAAGCUUGAAAUGGCCAAGUGCACGUCAUCCCACCCAAUUGUACAGAAAAUCCGCCACGAUUGCGCUGAACCAUUUGCUGCAUUCGAACAGUGUCUUAAACUGAACCAGACAUCUGUAGUCAACUGCACUGAACAUGUCCAGAAAUUCCUGCUCUGUGCUGACCAGGUGAAACUGGCCACAUAAGUACCAAAAAGGGUGAUCUCCUCUGUGUUAACUCUGGGGUGUCCACUGGAUUAAAGGUUCCUGGUUCCAGGAAUGGCAACAAUGUCAUCCUCAAGAUCUACUAGGUCACAAGAAUUGCUUCCCGGUCCUGGAAGCCCAUUUCUGCAGCCAUGCCUGCCAAUGCCAUCUCAGUGUGGCACAUUGAAGUGCAGCUUCUGAUCAAUAAACCAUGGGAACCACAUAGGCAUGGCCAUGGUAGUCUCAGCUCCAUCUGCAAAGCCAGCCCUGCCUCUUGGAGCCCAGUGUGUGUGUUUUCCUGAGCCUGGAGCUCAUCCAGGCACAGUGCAAUAAACUGCUGUCAAAGACCA